CUUAUUUAUAGGGUUGGUUAUUUUAAAAGGAGCUGCCAGAGUGUCCACGAAGCCGCGAGGAGCUGGGUCUGUGCAGGUAUAUACACAUAUACUCGGCUACACAGCUACCUACCUCUGUGGGCUUGAGGAAUCCCUUUUCCCCCCUGACCUCUCCCCACUGACCUCUCCCCUCUCACCUCCCAGCUUCCGGCUUCCAGCAGACCCUUUUCCUGCCACCCGGGCUCGCUUCUUUCCCCUGCCUCUCGAGAUGGCGGUGGCGUCUGGCCUCCUCGGCCCUGGUCCCGGCUUCACCCCGGCGACGUGUUGCCAGCUCUUCUACGUCCUCGCGACCGCCACGACCCUUGCCGCUGCUGGCACCCCGGAGUCCCUGCGGCGCCUGUUCAUGCCGUACGGCGCGCGGAGCUCCUCGUCUCCUCUGUCGUCGUCGAGAGCGAAGAAGGGAGAGGAGGGCGAGGCCGGCGGUGAGGGACGGCUUCUGCGCGCCGUCAGCUGGGCCACCUCCGCGUCCCAGGUCCCGCACUCGUGGUUCCGCCACUUUUACGUCCUCUCCCUAUCCGGCUCCGCCUUCUGGGCGGUCCAGUUCCUCUGCCGCGGCAGGGCCCUCGAAUUCGUCGUCGAGCACGAGGCGAAGACUGGGCGUCCAUCCAUGUCCGUCAGCCAGGUCAUCCUGGUGUGGUUCCUGAUGAGCCUCCAAGGUGCCAGGCGUCUUUACGAGUCAGUAGUCCUUGUCCGACCUUCGCCCUCGAAGAUGUGGGUCAUCCAUUGGCUACUGGGACUCGCAUUUUACUUGUGUAUGAGUGUAUCUAUUUGGGUUGAGGGGUCUGGUAAGUGCUAUAGCGGCGUCCUAUUUGUUGGCAUUCUAAUAAACAAUCGCGUAGGAUCGAUCCAAGCUUCUGAUCCGUGGUCCUUCAACAUCAAGACCUUGCCAUUCAAUGCCAUUAUUGGCGUUCCCUUAUUCUUAGCUUCGUCUUUCACGCAGUACCGAUGCCACAGCUACCUGUUUCGCUUGAAGAAGUAUUCGCUACCCGAGGACGGCCUAUUCGCAUAUCUCGUGUGUCCCCAUUACACAUGCGAGUGUGUGCUGUACCUCGUUCUGGCGACGGUCGCAGCGCCAACCGGCCAGCUAUACAAUAGAACGCUGGCUUGCGCCUCGUUGUUUGUUUUCGUUAAUCUCGGGGUCACUGCUCAUGGCACUAAGAGGUGGUAUGGCGAAAAGUUUGGCCGCGAAAAGGUGCUACGAAAGUGGAGGAUGAUACCUGGCCUGCUGUGAAGCCGAAGUCACCUGCGCACUACCUCUUCUUGAAGAGCCCGAGCUUGCCCCCAAGCUUCGAGACGGCCAGAACGUCCCGGUACGUUAAGCUAGUGCGCGUUUUCCGGGUGUUGCGACCUUCUGCGAAGUCGCUGGGCGAUCGAAGGAGACUCCAGUU